GGAAGUGUUUGCCACCUUCAAAGACUUUUUAAAGACAUGAACAGUAUAAAGUGAGUUGCAAGUUGGAGAGGCCGGGGGCUGGCAAUAUGCAGGCAGUAGGGUGCAGCCUGGGUUGGUGCACGGAAUGAUCCCGGGCUGGUGGAAAACGCCUAUUGAAAGGAGAGUGAUUGCAGCUCGCCCUGUAUAACCAGCAUUACUCAUAGACUGUCUCCUGAGAGUGAGAGCCAGAGACCUCGAGGAGCUGUGAUCACCUGGAUCUUGAGCCCGGGCAGCACAGAGCAGAUAGUGUCGGGAGUUACUGCCGGAUGGAGCCGGGGGCAAUGAUCCGGCCCGAUCUGAGGAGACUUUUCUCGGCGUGUGACCUGAACCACUCGGGGCUGAUCGAGUUCGAGGAUUUCUCCGGCGUUUGCCGGGAGCUCGGUCUGUCCCGUUCGCAGAUUGACCCCCUUUUCCAGAAGCUGGAUGUGGACGCUGACGGCACCAUCAACUUCAGCGACUUCACCGCCGGCUUCCAGGAGGUGUCCGCCGUGCUCGACCUCUCCUCCAUCGGCUCCGAGGGAACCCACAGGCUCCGCGAUGAAUUUGAGGAGCGCUUCGGGGACGGGCUGCACUACCUCCGCAGCCGGGAGAAAUUGUUCGACUUCUACCAGCAAAUCCGUGCAUUCUCGGACUAUGGUUUAAACGUGCAGUAUGAGAAACUGAUCCAGGAGCUUAUCAAGGACGGUAAGGUCCAGGACAUGGAGACGGGGAAACUGGAACAGACACUCAGGAGGACGGAGGCAAUGGCUGACGCACGAUUGGCUGAAAUGGAAGAUGAUGUGCAACAACAGGCAAUGAAACUUGAGCAGAAAAUCCGAUGGGAGGAGCAGGCGAAACUCGAGGCAAAAGUGGCAGAAAUACAGAAACGACAUGAAAGUGAAGUAACGGAUCUACAGGCAGUCAUUGACCGAAUGAAAAAGCUUAAUGAAGAGCUGUGGAAUUCCAAUUCCAAAGGGGACAUCUCUGCAUUGAGAGAGCAGUUGGAUGAAUUAACCCAGGAGAAUGAGUAUCUGAGAAGUUCCCUACUUCAGAGCCAGACGGAGAUCUCCAUCCUUGAAGCUGGACUGGACAAAUGUAAAAAUGAGCUUGCUGAUCGUCUGCUUGAUCAGGAACGGGCAAAGGAAACAAUCAAAAAACUAACUGAAGAGAAUGAAAUUUCCACAAAUCAGAUGCAGAUGCUUCAAGAGGCCAACAAAGCUCUUUAUGAUAGUAAUAACGGACUAAGAACUGCUUUAGAAAGGAAUCACAGCUCCAAUAAAAAUAAGUACUCUGUAAAUGGAUCUGUUCUGGAGAGAGGAGUGAAAUCAGAACUACAAAAUGGAGUAGCUGACACUGGUUAUAACAGUGUUUUGAACGGCAAUGAAGAAUCCAUGAUCUUAAAUAGUGAUGACUCCAGACACAGGAUUUCUGAGGUGGCAAACUGGGCAGACCGAUACCUGGACAGCGGUGUCUCCACAGCUCAGGACAUAGUGGAUUAUUCCUCAGAUGAUUACAACAGUGAUGGAAGCAAUGAUUCUCAUGAAACGAUGCACUACAGUUACUCGUACGUGGCAUCAGAUUCUGAGAUGCCAGAGUUUAAAUCUGAGGUGGAUGGAUUGCCCGGAACCUGGAAACCAUCACGGCCUGUCAGUCGUUCCAGUUCUAUAGCCUCUUCCAGGAGACGUCUGCCAGCAUUCACCUCCAAGAACACAGGUAAUGCAGUAGAGAACGCCAAACCAGACGGCCCACUGUACAGACUUGUCCUUGCUGGGGAUGCUGGUUCAGGAAAAUCCAGUUUUUUAUUACGUCUGUGUAUGAAUGAGUUCAAAGGGCAUAUUCCUACUACGUUAGGAGUUGAUUUUCAAAUGAAGAAGUUGUUGGUUGAUGGUGAAAGUGCCACGUUACAGAUUUGGGACACUGCUGGGCAGGAGAGGUUUCGCAGUAUUGCCAAAUCCUAUUUCCGAAAAGCACAUGGCGUGUUAUUAUUGUACGAUGUGACUUCAGAGAAUAGUUUUCUGAAUGUCCGAGAAUGGAUUGACGAAAUUAAGAGUUCUACUGACUUCCCAACGCCAAUUAUCUUAAUUGGGAAUAAAACAGAUUUGAGGAAUGAAAUGUCUCCUUCACAGCAUGGCACUGUGCUGACUGCCCAUGGAGAGAAACUAGCAAUGACUUACAAUGCAUUGUUUUGUGAAACCAGUGCUAAAGAUGGGACCAAUGUGGUGGAGGCUGUUCUGCAUUUAGCCAGAGAAGCCAAGAAGAAUGCAAAAAUCAGGGACAGUGUUCAACCGGUGACAAAGCUAAUAGCAGCAGAUGGGAAAAAAGCACUGAAUAGCUGCUGCAAAACAUAGAACUAGAAAUCCUUGGUUGUCAUCUUUUGCUGACCUCCUAUUAAAGACACUGAUAAUUCAUGGGAUUGUGUCUGCUCACAACGCUACCACUUUUCCUUUAGUGAAAUGUUACUCUCAUUUGAGAGUGUCUGUUUAAUGGCCACUAAAUGGCUAAUACUGUACAUUGAGGUAUAUCGGUUGAAAUGUAUAUAUUCGAGCUGAGAAACGUUAUCUAUUCUAUUUUGAUAGAUUUUACCUUGAUAUGAAAACGACACUUCAAAAAUGUGCAAGCAAUGUAAAAAAAAAUAAACUAGUUUUGUAAAAUGAA